AUGGCGGAACACAAGAAUGGCGUAGCUACAAACGGCUACGAGAAGAAAUCUUCUCCUGCUUCGUCUUCUACCAAAUCUGAAGCUAAGCCUCUUCCUAACGGCGAUAAGAAGGAUGGUAUCGUCAGGAGCUUCAAGCAACUCCGUGUCGCGAGUAAACGGCCGCUCCCGAAGGAGAUGGGCGAUGGGUCGUAUCGUGUUGUGGAGAAUAGACCGGGUUUGAAGCAAGACAUUCGACGUCUUCGUGGAAGAGAUCUCAAGACGUUGCUCGAGAUCGUCAAGGCCAAAGUCAAGGGUGAAACUCAACAGGAUGACAAGACGAUGAUCAUGGAGCGCACGAUCCAGCUCGUCGCUAAUCUGAGUGAUCACUCCAAGGUUCAGGAGUCUUUGACGAAUAGUUUCAUCUCGCAGCUUUGGAACUCGAUCGAUCAUCCACCUAUGCUGUACAUGGGAGACAAGUUUCGGUUCAGGCAGCCUGAUGGGUCCAACAAUAACCCGUAUCUUCCUCAAUUGGGCGCCGCGAGAACCCCCUACUCUAGAACCGUCCGUCCCAAGGGCAUGAGUCUCGGUGCGCAGCCUGAUCCUGAGGCUAUUUUCGAGAGUGUCUUUGCGAGAGAUGCUUUUAGGAAGAAUCCGAACAAUGUUUCGAGUAUUCUUUGGUACUGGGCCACUAUUAUCAUUCACGACCUCUUCUGGACAAACCUCCAAGACCCUAACCAGAACGACUCCUCCUCCUAUCUCGACCUCGCCCCUCUCUACGGCUCAACCGAAAAAGACCGCGACUCAAUCAGAACAUUCAAGGACGGUCAAUUGAAACCUGAUUGUUUCGCUGAUAAGCGUCUGAUCGGUAAUCCACCCGGUGUUCCCAUCCUUCUCAUCAUGUUCAACCGCUUUCACAACCAUGUCGCCACGAACCUCGCAGACAUCAACGAGGGCAGUCGCUUCUCCAAACCAGCUGAGCAUCUCUCCCCCGAAGCUGCAGAUGCUGCUUGGAAGAAGCGCGACACGGAGCUCUUCGAAACAGCGAGACUUGUUACCAGUGGGCUGUACAUCAACAUCACGCUUAUUGACUAUGUGAGAAACAUCAUCAACUUGAACAGGGUUGAUACGACAUGGACUCUUGAUCCGAGACAGGAAAUGGGCGUUAGUGUCGGCACGAAGGACUUGUCGGAGAGUGGCACUGGAAACGUCGUCUCUGCUGAAUUCAACCUUUGCUAUCGCUGGCACUCGUGUCUCUCGGAGAUGGACGACAAGUGGGUUCAGGAUUUCUACACUGAGCUUCUUGGUGAGAACUAUGGGCCUAUGAACCUGCAGACUAUGAUGAAGGCACUCAAAGCGUUCGAGGCUAGUGUUGCUGAUGAGCCGAGUGAGAGAACCUUUGGCGGCUUCAAGAGAGGUCCUGAUGGCAAGUUCAACGAUGAUGAACUGGUUGAGGCGCUGGCUACGGCUAUUGAACAGCCUGGUGGUGCAUUCGGCGGACGCAAUGUUCCACGCAUCAUGAAGCCUAUUGAGAUGCUGGGUAUCAUGCGUGGGAGGAAGUGGAACUUGGCGGGAUUGAAUGAGUUUAGGAAGCAUUUCGGGUUGAAGGCGUAUGAGACGUUUGAGGACAUCAACUCUGAUCCCUCCGUCGCUGAUGCCCUGCGCAAUCUGUAUCAGCAUCCUGAUUACGUCGAGUUGUACCCUGGCAUCGUCGCCGAGGAAGCAAAGACUCCCAUGGUUCCUGGUGUUGGUAUCGCACCGACUUACACCAUCUCUCGAGUCGUCCUCUCCGAUGCCGUGGCGCUGGUCAGAGGUGAUAGGUACUACACCACCGACUACAACCCUCGCCACUUGACGAACUGGGGAUAUAAGGAAGUCGAUUACGAUCUCAAGGUCAACCACGGCUGUGUCUUUUACAAACUCUUCCUCCGUGCAUUCCCCCAGCACUUCAAGGGCAACUCCGUCUACGCUCACUACCCAAUGGUCAUCCCCUCCGAGAACAAGAAGAUCCUCACAAACAUCAAGCGCGCUGACCGCUUUGACUUUUCCCGUCCUGAGCCCACAGCCACACGCAUCAACAUCAUCGGGUACAACGCGGCAAAGUACAUUCUCGAGGACCAGCAAAAGUACCGCGUCUGCUGGGAAGAAGGCCUCAAGCACCUCAUGGGCGAAGCAGGCGGUCGCUUCAUGCUAUCGGGCGACACGGCGCUGCACGCCCAGCAGCGUAAGUGCAUGGGCAAGCUCUUGUACAACGACACGUGGCGCAAUGCAGUGAAGUCGUUUUAUGCGACGACCGCUGAGAAACUACUCGCGGAGAAGUCGUACAGACUUGCGGGGAAGACGCAGGUUGAUGUUGUACGGGACGUGGGUAACGUUGCGCACACGCACUUUGUCGCGAGGAUGUUUAACCUGCCCCUCAAGACGAGUGAGAAUCCAAAGGGUGUGUUCUCCGAGCAGGAGCUGUACAUGAUUCUCGCUGUCAUCUUUGUCUGCAUCUUCUUUGACAUUGAUCCUGCCAAGAGUUUCCCGCUUAGACAGGGUGCGCGAGAGGUUGCGCAGAAACUUGGUGGUAUUAUUGAGAUGAAUGUCAAGUUGGCGAAUAGCAUUGGUGUCAAGGGACUUUUCACUAGCAAGCCGGAUAAGAAUGAUGAUCCGCUGGCGAGGUAUGGUGAGAAUAUGGCGAAGGGAUUGAAGAAGGCGGGCUUGAGUACGGAGGAUAUUGUCUGGAGUCAGAUCCUGCCUACGGCUGGUGCUAUGGUGCCCAACCAGGCUCAAGUGUUUGCGCAAACGCUGGAUUGGUAUCUCUCCCCAGCAGGCGAGAAAUACCGCCCCGAACUAGCCCGCAUCGCCGCCCUCGAAACAGGCGACGAGACAGACGCCUUGCUCCUCGGCUACGCAAUGGAAGGCAUCCGCAUGGCCGGCACAUUCGGUCUCUACCGCGAAGCCACAGGCCCCGACACGAUCCACGAAGACGACGGCCGCAGCAUCCCCGUCAAUGCCGGCGACCGCGUCUUCGUAUCGUUCGUUCAAGCCGCCCAAGACCCCAAGAUCUUCCCCAACCCUGGAGUCGUGGACCCGAAGCGUCCGCUGGAUAAGUACAUCCACUAUGGCGUUGGACCGCACGCGUGUCUGGGACGGGAUAUCAGCCAGGUUGCGCUCACGGAGCUAUUCAGAGCGGUGUUUAGGAAGAAGGGUGUUAGGAGAGUGCCGGGCGCGCAGGGAGAGUUGAAGAAGGUGCCGAGACCGGGCGGUUUCUUUGUCUAUAUGACGGAGGAUUGGGGAAGCAUUUGGCCGUUUCCUACGAGUAUGAAGAUUACCUGGGAUGAUGGCUGUGGCACUGAUCUUUUUACUCUUCUGUUCUGGUGUCGCUCUGUUCCUUGGUCAACCCAAGCAGCCCCCUUCAUCAUCUCCAGCUUCCAGUCCCAGCAAAUCUACUCCCCCGCUGAAAUCGCCGCUGUUCUCGCUCUCAUGGCUUUUGAGUCAGGAGACUUUCAGUACAAGCGGAAUCACUAUCCUGGACGCCCCGGCCAAGGAACUGCGAAUAUGCAAAUGCCGAACUAUAAUCUUCUCUAUGCGAAGAGUAUUCCCGAGCUGGCCAAGGGAUGGCAGGGUGUUGAGAGUGUGGAGGGGCUUUCGGAUCAGGAGUUGGGGGAUUUGUUGGAUGAUGUUACGGUUGAUAAGUACAACUUUGGAAGUGGACCUUGGUUUUUGAAGACGCAGUGUAAGGAGGAUGUUCGACAGGCGUUCAAGACGGAUGUUGAUACGGGGUUUCAGAAGUAUAUUGAGGAGUGUGUUGGGACGGAUCUCCAGCCGAGGUUGGAGUACUUUCAGCGUGCGAAGACGGCGUUUGGUUUGUAG